AUGGCCUCAUUACGGUCUGCAAAGGCAAGGCAACUCUACCUGCAGGAAAUUGAGAAGGCUCGCCAAGACCUUCGUGCUCUUAUCUACAGCAAGAACUGUGCUCCUAUUAUGCUUCGUUUAGCAUGGCAUGAUGCUGGAACAUAUGAUGCUAAAACAAAAACUGGAGGGCCUAAUGGCUCAAUCAGGAAUGAGGAAGAGUUAAAACAUAGUGCCAACAAUGGACUGAAAAUCGCGGUUGAUUUAUGCGAAGAAGUGAAGGCCAAGCACCCAAAAAUUACAUAUGCCGACCUCUACCAGCUUGCUGGGGUUGUUGCAGUAGAGGUCACUGGAGGUCCACCUAUUGAUUUUAUUUCGGGUAGAAAGGACUCAAAGCAAUCACCACCAGAAGGCCGUCUUCCAGAUGCCAAACUCGGUGCAUCACAUUUAAGGGAUACUUUUUACCGCAUGGGACUAGAUGAUCAGGACAUUGUGGCUCUAUCAGGAGGCCACACAUUGGGAAGGGCACAUCAGGAGAGAUCAGGCUUUGAUGGACCCUGGACAAAGGAGCCUGCGAAGUUUGACAACUCAUACUUUGUGGAACUAUUGAAAGGGAAGUCACAAGGACUGCUGAAACUUCCCACAGACAAGGCUUUAGUGGAGGAUCCCGAGUUCCAUCACUAUGUCGAACUAUAUGCAAACGAUAAGGAUGCAUUCUUCAGAGACUAUGCAGUAUCACACAAGAAACUAUCCGAACUUGGCUUUAGUCCACCUUCUUCAGGUCAGAAGGUAGGACUUGCUCUUAGCAUUGCUGCUAUCCUAGUUUUGGCAUUUGUGUGGGAUCAGUUGACAGAUAUCAGCCCAGACCCUUAUCUAUUAUGGAAACAAUACAAUAAUUAG